AUGCGGGGUGUUUGGAGAUAUAUGCCUGUCUAUUACUAUAAAUGCAUGCUCAUUCCUCUGUUGACCUUUACGAAGAUAUCGAUUAUUUCUAAACCUCAAGAAUCAAGGAUUUCCCUCAUCAUCUGCAGAACAAUGCCAACCGUUGCCACGUUCCUAGGGCUGGCCAUCUCCGGGGCAGCGAUGGCAUCAGGCGCAGCGCUGGGUGCAUACAACGUUGACCCAAACUCAAUUUCCGUCUCUGGGCUCUCCAGCGGAGGCUUCAUGUCAGCACAGCUUGGAGUUGCAUACUCGGACACAUUCAAGGUCGGGUUUGGGGUCUUUGCCGGGGGACCGUAUGAUUGCGCACGCGGUCAAUCGUACACUACUUGCAUGUACAACCAAAACCCAUCCAUCACGACCCCCGUCGCCAACAUGAAGAGCUGGAGCGGCAACAAAAUCAACCCGGUCAGCAACCUCCAAUCCCGCAAGAUCUACAUGUGGACGGGAACCGCCGACACCACCGUCGGCCCAAACGUGAUGAGCCAGUUGAAGACGCAGCUGGCGAACUUUGCCUCCGCGGCAAACGUCUCGUACAUCACGACCAGCGGCGCGGCGCACACCUUUCCCACUGACUUUGAUGCGGCAGGCGACAACUCGUGCAGCUCGUCUGUCUCUCCCUACAUCAGCAACUGCCAGUGCGACGGCGCAGGGGCGGUUCUACAGUGGAUGUAUGGGCCGUUGAAUGCCAGAAACCCGGGCACCCUGUCGGGAUCGAUUGUGUCCUUUAGCCAGACGGGCGAGUACGGCGCCAGUGGGAUGGAUACCACUGGAUAUCUGUAUGUUCCCCGGGCAUGCCAGCCAGGGUCUUCGACCGUCUGCAAACUCCAUGUGGCCUUGCAUGGCUGCAAGCAGAGCUACAGCAUGAUUGGAAGCAAAUUCGUGUCGAAUACCGGGUACAAUAUGUGGGCGGAUACCAACGACAUUAUCAUUCUCUACCCGCAAGCUGUUGCGGAUAACACGAUGCACACCAUCUGGACUGGGAUGCCGCUGCCCAAUCCGAAUGGUUGCUGGGAUUGGGUUGGUUGGUAUGGCGCAAAUGCUGAUCAGGUCGGAGGCGUGCAAAUGGCUGCGAUUGUGAACCAAGUUGCCCGGGUUGUCAGCGGCUACGGGGCCGGCAGCAGUUCUUCAACGACUGCUGCGACCCCGACGACCACCACUGGCUCUAUAACAACAACAACAACUACUACUGCUACAGUAACGACGACCGCUGUUGCCCCGUUGUAUGGACAGUGCGGUGGAAUCGGGUGGACGGGGCCGACGGCUUGUGCCACCGGUGUUUGCACGGCCUAUAGCCCUUACUAUGCACAAUGUCUCUUGAUAGUGUAG